AUCUUUCCCUGAAUUAUGGAAAUUUUGUGGAAGACGCUGACUUGGACACUGAGCCUGGUGGUGAUGACUGCUUCUGAAUUUCAAAGUAUCAGCAAACUCUCACAUAACUCCCAAGAGGAGUUCCUGUCCUACCUGCAGCACUACCAGUUGACUGUCCCGGUGCGGGUGGAUGAGAAUGGAGAAUUCCUGAGCUACACUGUGAAGCACCACCGGCCAGGCCGACGGAGACGGGGGGCGGUGGAUCCGAUGAUGGGAGCCCAGCCCGCGUUAGACCCACUGGAGCCCCGACUGUUCUACAGACUGUCAGCCUAUGGAAAGCACUUUCACUUAAACCUGACUCUCAACCCCCACUUGGUGUCAAAACAUUUUACAGUGGAGUACUGGGGUAAAGAAGGGCUGGAGUGGCGGCAUAAUAUUGUAGAUAACUGUCACUAUAUUGGAUUCUUGCAAAAUCAGCACAGUACAACUAGAGUGGCACUCAGCAACUGCAAAGGCCUGCACGGUGUUAUUACAACAGAGGAAGAACAGUAUUUAAUAGAGCCUUUAAAGAACAUAUCCUCAACCACCUCUGGUGAAUGGAACCUGGAAGAAGCACAGCAGCAUGUUAUUUAUAAAAUGUCUGCCAUUCCCUCACCACAAGAGCAUAGCCAGGAGUUCAGCUGUGGCAUUUCAGACCUCAUUAAAACCAGUGCACCUUGCCAGCUUAGCACGCCUUCGCCCCAAAACUACAGCAAGCUGUCAAACAGCACCCACAGACAGAAGCGAUCGAUCAGCACUGAGCGCUUUGUGGAGACGCUUGUGGUCGCUGAUAAAAUGAUGGUCGGUUACCACGGACGCAAAGACAUUGAGCAUUACAUCCUGUCCGUAAUGAAUAUUGUUGCCAAACUUUACCGUGAUGCCAGCCUAGGAAAUGUUGUGAACAUUAUUGUGACCCGGCUGAUUGUUCUGACUGAAGAUCAGCCAAAUCUGGAAAUUAAUCAUCAUGCUGACAAGUCUCUGGACAGUUUCUGUAAGUGGCAGAAGUCCAUCCUGUCUCAUCACAGCGAUGGAAACAGUAUUCCAGAGAAUGGGAUGGCUCAUCAUGACAAUGCUGUCCUAAUCACCCGGUAAGACUACAGCACCGGAAAAUCCAAAAGUAGUGGUAGCUUGGGUCUGGCCUCAGUGGCUGGAAUGUGUGAGCCAGAGAGGAGCUGCAGCAUCAAUGAAGACAUCGGCCUCGGUUCUGCUUUCACCAUUGCGCACGAGAUUGGCCACAAUUUUGGGAUGAACCAUGAUGGGAUUGGGAAUUCUUGCGGUACCAAAGGUCACGAGACAGCCAAACUGAUGGCUGCUCAUAUAACAGCCAACACCAACCCUUUCUCCUGGUCUGCCUGCAGCAAAGACUACAUCACCAGCUUUCUCGACUCAGGUCGGGGGACGUGUCUGGACAAUGAACCUCUGAAACGAGACUUCCUGUACCCAACAGUGGCCCCGGGGCAGGUGUAUGAUGCAGAUGAGCAGUGUCGCUUCCAGUAUGGAACCUCUUCACGCCAGUGCAAGUAUGGGGAAGUGUGUAGAGAGCUCUGGUGCCUUAGCAAAAGCAACCGUUGUGUAACUAACAGUAUUCCUGCUGCAGAGGGGACCCUGUGCCAGACAGGCAACAUUGAAAAAGGGUGGUGCUACCAGGGGGAAUGUGUUGCAUUUGGUACCUGGCCUCAGAGUGUGGAUGGAGGCUGGGGGCCAUGGUCCAUUUGGGGGGAGUGCAGCAGGACCUGUGGGGGCGGUGUAUCCUCCUCCAUGAGGCACUGUGACAGCCCAGCCCCAUCUGGAGGAGGCAAGUACUGUCUCGGAGAGAGGAAACGAUACAGAUCCUGUAACACUAACGCCUGCCCUGUAGGAUCUCGUGAUUUCCGAGAGAAGCAGUGCGCUGAUUUUGACAACUCCCCUUUCCGCGGGAAGUACUACAACUGGAAGCCUUACACUGGGGGUGGUGUGAAGCCCUGUGCGCUGAACUGCUUGGCAGAAGGCUAUAACUUCUACACUGAGCGGUCUCCUGCUGUCAUAGAUGGCACCCAAUGUCAGGCUGACUCGCUGGACAUUUGCAUCAAUGGAGAGUGUAAGCAUGUUGGCUGUGACAACAUACUGGGCUCAGACGCCAAAGAAGACAGAUGCCGUGUGUGUGGAGGGGAUGGCAGCACCUGCGAGGCCACAGAAGGACUCUUUAACAAGUCUCUACCCAGAGGAGGCUACAUGGAGGUGGUUCAAAUCCCAAAAGGUUCUGUUCACAUAGAAAUCAAAGAAGUGACUAUGUCAAAGAACUACAUCGCUUUGAAAUCUGAAGGGGAUGAUUAUUACAUCAAUGGAGCGUGGACCAUUGACUGGCCCAGGAAGUUUGAGAUUGCAGGGACAGCCUUCCACUACAAGAGACCCUCUGAUGAACCAGAGUCUUUAGAAGCGUUGGGUGCUACCACUGAAAAUCUGGUUGUCAUGGUCCUCCUUCAAGAGCAGAACCUUGGAAUACACUACAAGUUCAACGUCCCCAUCCAGCGCACAGGGAGUGGUGAUAAUGAGGUGGGCUUCUCCUGGCACCACCUGCCCUGGUCUGAAUGCUCAGCUACCUGUGCCGGAGGUUCUCAGAAGCAGGAGUUAGCCUGUAAAAGGCUGGACGACAACUCAGUGGUACAGAACAACUACUGUGACCCAGACAGCAAACCUCCAGAAAACCAGAGAGACUGCAAUACUGAGCCGUGUCCUCCAGAAUGGUUUAUUGGAGACUGGUCAGAGUGUCCGAAGACGUGCGAUGGCGGGAUAAGGACGAGGACAGUCCUCUGUAUCAGGAAGAUUGGUCCCGCUGAGGAGGAGACACUGGAGGACACUCACUGUUUGACUCAUCGGCCUAUUGAGAGAGAGUCCUGCAACAACCAGUCCUGUCCUCCAAAGUGGGUCACUCUGGAUUGGUCUGAGUGCACACCUAAAUGUGGUCCUGGCUUUAAGCACCGCAUUGCCUUGUGUAAGAGCAGCGACCUCACCAAGACCUUUCCACCUGCCCGCUGCUCGAUCCAUAACAAACCUCAAGUCCGAAUGCGCUGCACUUUAGGGCGCUGUCCUCCUCCCCGCUGGAUCCCUGGUGAAUGGGGACAGUGUUCAGCACAGUGUGGUCUGGGCCAGCAGAUGAGGACGGUACAGUGUCUGUCCUACACAGGACAGCCAUCGAAUGACUGCGUAGAGUCCCUCCGACCAGCCACCAUGCAGCAGUGUGAGAGCAAGUGCGAUGCCACCCCGAUCUCCAGUGGUGAUGAAUGCAAAGAUGUAAACAAAGUGGCUUAUUGCCCGCUGGUACUGAAGUUCAAGUUCUGCAGUCGAGCGUACUUCAGACAGAUGUGCUGCAAGACUUGUCAGGGACACUGACCCUUUGAAUACAAGAGCGAGACAAGAAGAUGGUCAUAAAGGCAAGAAAGAUGGAGGGAUACAGUGCUUAAGAGGGUGAGAAGAAAACAGCAGACUGGAAAAUGCAUCCCGACUCUGAACCAGUGGAAGAAUGAAAAAGUUGUCAAUGUUGAAGACGGGAGAAAAGCGAGGAUUUCCCUGUUUAUCAUACCCCAUACUCCUGCCCUCUGUCGUGGUGGAAUUUAAACCACUGCUCAGCCCAUAAUGCUGACACAAACAUUAUUUUUUUGUUUUUUACAUUUUCACUUCUGUGAAGUGGAACUCGGAAGAUUAACUGUUGGUGAUGUUAUCUUUUAUUAUAAUAAUAAUUAUUAAUAUCAUUGUUAGUCUUCCUCAGUGUUAGUUUUUUUUACGAAUCCAAAGUGCUGGACACAUCGCUCGCAGAGGAUGUACCCCGGAGAUUAGAAGAGGGGGGAUGGGAGACUCCUGUCUUUGGGAUGACUGUGAUGGUGCUAUUGGCAGAGCAGACUUCUGGCUUCGGUGCACUUUUUUCAUGUAAAUACCAAUUUACUGCUCAAAUGCAACAGAGAAUCCCUGUUGGUGUACUGUAUAUUUAUUGUACAAUCCAAAACAGAGCUGAUAUAUUGUCCUCUGAUCAUCUUUUCGCCAGAUAGUAGCCUAUUGUUAUGGAAGGGAAUGUAAUGUGAUUGAAUUCAUAUUCAGUUUCUUUGUGCUUGAGUGAAAAUAUUACAUACUGUAACAUAUGUUAAACCCUUGUAUACUGUAAGGAUUUGUAUAUUAUAUACAUAUGUUAAUCCAGGGCCGAAAAAAAUACACCGUGGUUAUUGGAGAUUUUUAAAUCUUUUUUUCCCCCAGCUGGGUGCCUUAGUUCUUAACAGUCAGGUAAAAGUUCACCCAAAAUCACCAAAGUCAUCUUUUCAAAUGGUGCCUAUGCCACAUUAAAAAAUUAGUGACCAGACCUUUACUAGCAUCUUACUGAGUUUAGUUUUAAAGGAUUUAUAUGUUUUGUUCAUCUGAGUCAAAGUGCAGUCACCAUUACAUACUCUCUUUAAGGAUCUUUUUGAGGUAAACUAAUAGCCCCGCAGUUUGCAAAAUGGCCUUCUUACCAAUGAUUACAUGAAAAGAUUGAUGUAUGAGGUCUGGGCAAGACGAUGGUUAGCUCAGGCCUCAGUCACAAUUUAAUACUGGCAACACAAAUAUGGUGAUCCUCAGCAAACGUCCUUGUGAUUGCUUUAGCUGCUAGCAGAUUGCCGAGGUCACCUGUAGUUUGCAUGAAAGAUGCCAACUUGUCUGCAGACAUUUAUUUUUUGAGCUUUAAUGACAUUUUAAUUAGUUUACAUUUGCUUUUAAAGAAUAAGUUGUGUCUUACUGCUGCAACCUACAUAUUUUGGAAUGUGUAACUUUUACUUUGAAAGCAUAUGUUUAGGUUACACUUACCAUUUCACUUCUACUUGGUAAGUCCGCUUCUUCCAUGCAAAAAACAGCUGAAAAUGGAAAUCUGCCAGUGUCCAAAGCAAUUUCAGAGAAUUUUUCUGUCCAGCACCCUCGCAGCGACCAAUUUAUGCUAGUGACUGCUCGCAACCUCCAGCAAUCAGUUGCCAAACAGUUGUAAAAUACACAUGGGGUUGGCAGGAGGUCAUUAACUGGUCUGCACACUAGUGUGCACAGCUGUUUGACUAAGACCUUAGGAAAAGUGGAGGGAAAAUGCUGACUAGCUAGGGUGACAUAAAUCAACCUAUUAACACAUCUAAAGCUCACCAAUUUACAAUUAACAUUUAAUGAAAAAAAUAAAAAGGAUCAUUAAAAUUCACCAUUUAAAUGUAAAUUAAGACAUAAAUCAGUAAGUGUUUAUAAUGUUGCUUUUGUCUUUAGUACAAAACCAGCUCCAUAUAAAUGUCGUAUGAAGACCAGUUCAGCAACAGUUUGCAACAGCUAGUAUGUCUGUUUAAUUUAGCUCUGUGAUCUUUAAAUAAGCUGUACUGUAUCUGCUUGAAGCCACCAAUGCAAGCAAAGACUUAAUUUGAAGAUUUGGUUGUUAAUAUUGUUGAACACUUCUGGCUUUAUAGGAAGUUAAUCACAGGCUGCCUGACUUGUGAAGCUGACGCUUUAAGGGGGACUAAUGAACAAAAUGUAGCCUACCCAUUCAUUCUCAUCAAAGAUGCUUGCUGGCAAAACCAACUAGGCAUUUUGGAGCUGGGCAUGUACAUCAGAAACUGAAACUGAAAAGCACACUUUUAAAAAUUGUUCUAAUGAACCCCCCCCCCCCCC